UGAGCAGGCAAAAAAUAUAAUAGAUUCCGGAAACUGAAUUCCUAUCCCGAAAACGACUCCGAUAUCACAAAAAUGGGUUCCGGUCCGGUCGAAAGAAUCCAACAACUCGAUAUUAUUGAGAGGGAAAUUGCAACAGCUAUUCAUAGUGCUGGUUUAGCUCUACAGGAACUAGCCAAAGAAAAGCCACAAGCUAAACAAAUAGAGACACAUACAACAACUUUCAUGAAAACUUUAAUGGAAGUAGAGAAGAAAAUGACAAACCAUAUUAACUACCUCACACAAGUUUCUACAGGUCAGCCUCAUGAAGGAUCAUCAUAUGCAGCGUCUAAAGAUUUGACUCUAGCUUAUCACAGAAUAGAUCAUAUCAAAAGCAGAUUAGCUACUCUAGAAAGAUUCCAUCAUGAACUUAGUCCUCAAAAACCUCAUGCCAAGACUUUACAAAUGUCUGACUCUUGAAUAUCAUAUGACUCAUAUUAAGUUGUUAUAGAUGAUGCUCAAUGUCCGUAAAUGUGUUGUCUUGGAAGGAUACAAAAAACUGACAAAAGUUUGUCAAAAAUCCUAAUAUUUUUAAAGAACACCAAAAAUACAUGCAUUGAUGUAAAUGUGAUCUUUGUGAGGUGUAAGAUCCAGACCAUGUACAUAUAGACACCAUAUUGUCAAAAUUGUACAAUAAAUGCUUUAUAAAGUCUU